AGCGGCAGCUUUCUUUUCACCCGAAACCUAUUUCCGCAAAUAAAUAAAAAAUGUAAGGACACAAUGGUCCAUUAAAAAACAAAUCGAAACAUAUGAAGGGCCGAGAAAGCAACAGAAAGUUAAGAAAACCCUGAUUAUCGAGUUCUGUGAGAUCUGCUAAAAAAACACCAUAGCCACUGCCAAAGCCCCCCAUCUCUUUUUCUUUCCCUCUUUCUGAGAGACAAAGAAAGAAAAGAUUGACUGCCUGGGAAGAGAUAAAAACACACCCUUUUGGAUCUAUUUUUCCUUUCUUUUUUCUUGGCUUUCAGUUUCGUAGUUUUUAUUUUUUUAUUUUUCUAUUUAUCUGUGAGUCUCCUCCUCCUCCUCCUAUAAUUUGCUUUUUUUUUCAUAUUUGUUUGGUUAUUAUUAUUGGAUAACCAAUAAAAUAUGAGGAUUCGGAAGAACGCGAAGCUGGCAUCGCUGAUAUACCCGCAAGGUUCGAGGCCUGAGAGUGUGCACGUGUGCCAACUGAACCAGUCGCCAUGGGAUGUGAUUCCUUUCUCUCAAGAACCAUACCCAUCAUCAUCAUCUCCUCAUCACCAGUUUGAAGCUGAAGAUAGCUUUAACGGAAAUGGGAGCUUAGGCGAUUCUAUUGGUGCUGUUGAGAGCAGCGUAGCUUCGAUGAUGGAGAGUGAAGAGAAAGCGAUUAUGAAAGUGGAAGGCAUGGUUAUUGACGAUAAUGACGAUAAAGAUGAGUUGAAAAUAGGCAAACAAUUUGGGUUUAAGAGCCAAUGCGAAGCGGAAGAGAAGGAAUCUAAGCAAGAGGCUUUGCUGAAAUCUUGUAACAACAGCUGCGAUAAUGGAAAUAAUCCCUGCAAGAAAGCUGAGAAGAAUAAUCAGCUAACGGGGAGCCGCCGUGGACGAGCCCGAGCAGCGAAGAAAGGAUCAUCAUCAGGAUCGAAUCCGUAUGAAUUUUACUAUUAUUCUGGGUUUGGGCCGUUGUGGGGAAAAAGAAGAGGCGGCAGCGAUAGAGUAGGCGAAAUCAGCAAGAAUAUUAUUGAGGCUAAAGAAGUUGAAAACAAUAGCAGCGCUGUCACUACUCAAAACAACACGACGCCGUCUUCUUCUUUACAAAUCAAUAAUAAUGAAGAAUUUGAUUAUGUCGAUGAUGAGGAAGAUGAUGAUGAUGAUGAGGAUGACAAGAAUGGAGAUAGUGGCAAGAAACGAAUGAGGAAGCCCAUUAAAGCAAGAUCGUUGAAGUCCCUAAUGUGAAGGAAAAAAAAAAGGUUUGGGCUUCUUUUCCCUUCUCUUUGUUGUUGUUGUUGUUUUUUUUUUUUUUCAUUUCCUUUUGUGUUUAAAUGUGUUGAGAUUACCGUAUUUUUCAUUUGUUUUCUCUUUUAUGGCAAGUUCAAGUGUUUUUAUUUUAUAUUUUUAGGGUUUUAGAUUUAAGUAAUUUAAUUUUGGGUGGUUUUGUUUUAUAUGAUGUUGGGUUUUGUCGUGGGUGAGAGUAGAGUUUGCUCUGCUAACCUGUCAGUACCAAAGAUAUUGUUGCGUGUGAGUCGCGUGGACCAAAACGGGGUAUGUUAGUCAAAUGUCUGAAUGUAAGGGCGGUUUUGUAAUUUCGAACUUGUUUUUUAUUUUUUUCGGUUUUUUUUCAACGGGUUGCGUUGAUCUUUAACGGAUUGGGUGACGUGGCGUUGUGGGAUUCUUGUGCUUAAAUUUUUCUAAAACAAACCAAAACGGUCACUCUUGAUAAAUUAUAUUCUUAUGCACAUAAAUUUUUUGA